AUUUGGCCAUCUUACUUCUCCAGAUCUCUUGAAAGUGACUUCUUUAGCUAAAUUAAUCAAACAUCAGAGAGAGAAUGUUUAGAGCAACUUAUUCAUAUGUAUUAUACAUUUUAGAGUUGAUGCCUAUGUAGAUAUUGGGGAUUUAUUGAGUGUAUUAGGCCAUUCUUGUAUUGCUGCUAUAAAGAAACACCUGAGACUGGGUGAUUUGUAAGGGAAAGAGGUUUAAUUGGCUAAUGGUUCUGCAGGUUCUACAGCUUCUGCAGGCUCUAUAGCAAUGCUUAGAGGUUUCUAGGGAGGCCUCAGGAAGCUUACAAUCAUGGCAGAAGGUGAAGAGAGAGCAGGCACAUCACAUGGUGAAAGCAGGAGCAAGAGAGAGGGUGAGGGGGUGGUAUCACACAAUUUUAAACAACCAGACCUUGCAACAGCUCACUUUUGGUGUAAGGACAGCACCAAGAGGAUGGUGCUAUGCCAUUUACGAGGGAUCUGUCCCCAUGAUCCAAACAUUUCCCACCAGGCCUCACCUCCAACAUUGGGAAUUACAUUCCAACAUUAGGAAUUACAUUUCAACAUGAGAUUUUGGCAGAGACAAAUAUCCAAACUAUAUCGUUGAGCAACCAACCUGGUUUUAAUAUGAAAUACAGCUGUUCUCAAACUUUUUAACAUCAGGAGCCCCUUAUACUCUAAAAAUUAUUGAGCAGCUUAGAGAGUUGUGGAUCUCUAUUAGAAAUUAAAAUAAAUUUUAGGAAUAUUUGUUCAUUUAAAAUGAAAAACAAGCCUAUCACAUGUUAACAUAAAUAACAUUUUUAUAAAAAUAUUUUCUUUUUUUUUUUUUUGAGACGGAGUCUCGCUCUGUCGCCCAGGCUGGAAUGCAGUGGUAUGAUCUCAGCUCGCUGCAAGCUCCGCCUCCUGGGUUCAUGCCAUUCUCCUGCCUAACCUCCUGAGUAGCUGGGACUACAGGCGCCCGCCACCACGCCUGGCUAAUUUUUUGUAUUUUUAGUAGAGACAGGGUUUCACCGUGUUAGCCAGGAUGGUCUCCAUCUCCCGACCUCGUGAUCCACCCGCCUCAGCCUCCCAAAGUACUGGGAUUACAGGCAUGAGCCACCGCGCCCGGCCCCAAAAAUAUUUUCUUAAUAAAGUUAGUGAGAAAAGUGGCACUGUUAAAUUUUUGCAAAUCUCUUCAAUAUCUGGCUUAGGGAGGACAGCUGUGUUCUCCUAUUGAUAAUGAAUAAAGAGUGCUUCCCAGAAUUGACAAUUUAAGAAAUCAGUGGUGAUCUAUAUCAAAAUGAUUUUGAGGAUAGUAAUUCGAGGACAAGGACCAUGUCUUUUGUAUACCAUUUUAUCCUCAGAGUCUAAUACAGUUCUUGGCACAUAGUAACGGCCAGAUAUUUGGUAGGUGACUAAACUAUACUGCAGUGUGUUGAGAAGUGGACAGAAGAUAUGGAAUUCAGGAAGUAUAGAAACCUCCUUCAUGGCACUUGGUUGAGAAAAGAAGAGAAAUGAGGGGAAUGAGGGUGCAGAAUCAGCAGAGGACUUUUUAAAAUAAUGUUUUCAUAUGAGGAAAAAAAAAACAAUAGAGAGAAAUUAAGAAAACAGGAAAGAAAUGGAAUAAUUAGGAACCUAGGGUGGGGUAGGGUAGCAGGACAUUUCAAACAUUAAUGAGCAUAUGAGAUUCCAGGUCUUGUUAAAAUGCAAAUUCUGAUUCAGUUGGUAGGUGAGGUCUGAGAUUGUGCAUUUCUAACAAGCACCCAGAUAAUCUUAAGGCUGUUGGCCCCAGGGUCACACUUAGAGUGAUUUUCUAGAACCCAGUUGGGGAAGUGAAUCUUGGGCAGGAGAAAUACACACCUCUCGCAUUGAGUUGGAGAUCCCAUCUGAUAUAACUUUUUAAGAGAGAAAAAUAAUUUUCCAAAUAUCCAAUUGAUGAUCUUUCCCACUAAGUGGCUGCGUUACGAAAAUUGCUUCACUUUGAAACUUCUGGUCUUGGUAAUAUAGAAUUUCAGUGUUCUCACAGUGCUUGAUUGAGAAUAUGAUAUUGAGAUUAUGGCAUAAAAUAUAGUGGCUGUACAAAAAAGGACAUUAUUAGGAUCUCUAACAAUUAUGUAAAAGUCAUUGCUUCAUGGGUAGAGCUCAAACUUUGGUGUGAGACCUGGUUUUAUUCUUGGCACUUACUCUGAGUGGUCUUGGGCAAAUUAAUACCUUAAGCAAAAAUAUUCUCAUGUAGAUUUUAUAUGAGAAUUAUAAACGAAGUACAUAAAGUCCAGCAGUCACAAAUGGUAUCUAUUAUUACCAUCAUCCUAAGACUGCAAUAAGCUAUAUUGAAAGUAGUCUCAAAGAUUGUUUCAUAAAUCGUCAGAUUCACCUAAUUUUCAAAAGAAUUUAAAUAAGGAGAUGGAAUGAAUAGAUUGCAUUUUGUUUCCAUGCACAGGGGAACUGUGCAUAUUUCUUCUGUGACUCGGAAAUGGUUUAACUUUUAAAAAUCCCAAAAUAGCUGAGGUUAGCAGACGUGCAAUUUACCAAGGAUGAUUGGAAUUUUGAUCUUUCCUGUAAUAAUACUAUACCCAAGCACACUGCUCAUUAGGAAAACAUUUUUAUCUGAAUCCUUUACUCUUGGGGGCAAAGAAUGCUAUUUUUCUUUUUGAUAACUAUGUUUAUAGAAUCUAAAUCACCCUGAGCAAUUAUUUCAACAUCUCAAGUUAUUAUUACCAUUCAUGUUUCAUUUACAGCUAUUUGAAUUUUGAUGAAUUUCAAUAUGAUGCUAGAGUGAUAGGACAAGUUCAAAUAAGUUCAAUAUAUGGGUACGGUCUAAACCUAUUUUAAUUUUUUGUUACAACUGCUAUGAAGAAAAUUAGGAUAUGCCACAUUUUCACGUUUUACAGUUGGAUGUCCUAUGAUGUUCUCUUCCAGGGAACAGAGCUCGGAGUUCUGGAAAUUUGGAGGCAACUGAUAUGUGCUCAUGUCUGCAUCUGUGUGGGUUGGCUGUAUCUCAGGGACAGAGUCUUCAGCGAAAAAGGCAGUAACAGAGAAGAAUUUUGAAACAAAAGAUUUUCGAGCCUCUCUGGAAAACGGUGUUCUGCUGUGUGAUUUGAUUAAUAAGCUUAAACCUGGUGUCAUUAAGAAGAUCAAUAGACUGUCUACACCAAUAGCAGGAUUGGAUAAUAUAAACGUUUUCUUGAAAGCUUGUGAACAGAUUGGAUUGAAAGAAGCCCAGCUUUUCCAUCCUGGAGAUCUACAGGAUUUAUCAAAUCGAGUCACUGUCAAGCAAGAAGAGACUGAUAGGAGAGUGAAAAAUGUUUUGAUAACAUUGUACUGGCUGGGAAGAAAAGCACAAAGCAACCCGUACUAUAAUGGUCCCCAUCUUAAUUUGAAAGCGUUUGAGAAUCUUUUAGGACAAGCACUGACGAAGGCACUUGAAGACUCCAGCUUCCUGAAAAGAAGUGGCAGGGACAGUGGCUACGGUGACAUCUGGUGUCCUGAACGUGGAGAAUUUCUUGCUCCUCCAAGGCACCAUAAGAGAGAAGAUUCCUUUGAAAGCUUGGACUCUUUGGGCUCGAGGUCAUUGACAAGCUGCUCCUCUGAUAUCACGCUGAGAGUGGGGCGUGAAGGUUUUGAAAGUGACACAGAUUCGGAAUUUACAUUCAAGAUGCAGGAUUAUAAUAAAGAUGAUAUGUCGUAUCGAAGGAUUUCGGCUGUUGAGCCAAAGACUGCAUUACCCUUCAAUCGUUUUUUACCCAACAAAAGUAGACAACCAUCCUAUGUACCAGCACCUUUGAGGAAGAAAAAGCCAGACAAACACGAGGAUAACAGAAGAAGUUGGGCAAGCCCGGUUUAUACAGAAGCAGAUGGAACAUUUUCAAGACUCUUUCAAAAGAUUUAUGGUGAGAAUGGGAGUAAGUCCAUGAGCGAUGUCAGCGCAGAAGAUAUUCAAAACUUGCGUCAGCUGCGUUACGAGGAGAUGCAGAAAAUAAAAUCACAAUUAAAAGAACAAGAUCAGAAAUGGCAGGAUGACCUUGCAAAAUGGAAAGAUCGUCGAAAAAGUUACACUUCAGAUCUGCAGAAGAAAAAGGAAGAGAGGGAAGAAAUUGAAAAGCAGGCACUUGAGAAGUCUGAGAGAAGCUCUAAGACGUUUAAGGAAAUGCUGCAGGACAGGGAAUCCCAAAAUCAAAAGUCUACAGUUCCGUCGAGAAGGAGAAUGUAUUCUUUUGAUGAUGUGCUGGAGGAAGGAAAGCGACCCCCUACAAUGACUGUGUCAGAAGCAAGUUACCAGAGUGAGAGAGUAGAAGAGAAGGGAGCAACUUAUCUUUCAGAAAUUCCCAAAGAAGAUUCUACCACUUUCGCAAAAAGAGAGGACCGUGUAACAACUGAGAUUCAGCUUCCUUCUCAAAGUCCUGUGGAAGAACAAUGCCCAGCCUCUUUGUCUUCUCUGCGUUCACGCAGCACACAAAUGGAGUCAACUCGUGUUUCAGCUUCUCUCCCCAGAAGUUACCAGAAAACUGAUACAGUCAGGUUAACAUCUGUGGUCACACCAAGACCUUUUGGCUCUCAGACAAGGGGAAUCUCAUCACUCCCCAGAUCUUACACGAUGGAUGAUGCUUGGAAGUAUAAUGGAGAUGUUGAAGACAUUAAGAGAACUCCAAACAAUGUGGUCAGCACCCCUGCACCAAACCCAGAUGCAAGCCAACUGGCUUCAAGCUCAUCUAGCCAGAAAGAGGUAGCAACAGAAGAUGUGACAAGGCUGCCCUCUCCUACAUCCCCCUUCUCAUCUCUUUCCCAAGACCAGGCUGCCACUUCUAAAGCCACAUUGUCUUCCACAUCUGGUCUUGAUUUAAUGUCUGAAUCUGGAGAAGGGGAAAUCUCCCCACAAAGGGAAGUCUCAAGAUCCCAGGAUCAGUUCAGUGAUAUGAGAAUCAGCAUAAACCAGACGCCUGGGAAGAGUCUUGACUUUGGGUUUACAAUAAAAUGGGAUAUUCCUGGGAUCUUCAUAGCAUCAGUUGAAGCAGGUAGCCCAGCAGAAUUUUCUCAGCUACAAGUAGAUGAUGAAAUUAUUGCUAUUAACAACAUCAAGUUUUCAUAUAACGAUUCAAAAGAGUGGGAGGAAGCCAUGGCUAAGGCUCAAGAAACCGGACACCUAGUGAUGGAUGUGAGGCGCUAUGGAAGGGCUGACUGGGGCAAAGACCAACCUUCCCUGCCAUUUAUACGGCAUAAAACCCUCAAUCUCACCAGUAUGGCUACCAAAAUUAUAGGUUCACCUGAAACAAAGUGGAUUGAUGCAACUUCUGGAAUUUACAACUCAGAAAAAUCUUCAAAUCUAUCUGUAACAACUGAUAUCUCCGAAAGCCUUCAGAGUUCUAAUAUUGAAUCCAAAGAAAUCAAUGGAAUUCAUGAUGAAAGCAAUGCUUUUGAAUCAAAAGCAUCUGAAUCCAUUUCUUUGAAAAACUUAAAAAGGCGAUCACAAUUUUUUGAACAAGGGUCAUCAGGCUUUUCUUACAGUUCAUGGGUCUACCUCUGUGGAAGCUCUGAUUCGGUGGUUCCUGAUCUUCCAGUUCCAACCAUCAGUGCCCCGAGUCGCUGGGUGUGGGAUCAAGAGGAGGAGCGGAAGCGGCAGGAGAGGUGGCAGAAGGAGCAGGACCGCCUACUGCAGGAAAAAUAUCAACGUGAGCAGGAGAAACUGAGGGAAGAGUGGCAAAGGGCCAAACAGGAGGCAGAGAGAGAGAAUUCCAAGUACUUGGAUGAGGAACUGAUGGUCCUAAGCUCAAACAGCAUGUCUCUGACCACACGGGAGCCCUCUUUUGCCACCUGGGAAGCUACCUGGAGUGAAGGGUCCAAGUCUUCAGACAGGGAAGGAACCCGAGCAGGAGAAGAGGAGAGGAGACAGCCACAAGAGGAAGUUGUUCAUGAGGACCAAGGAAAGAAGCCACAGGAUCAGCUUAUUAUUGAGAGAGAGAGGAAACAGGAGCAACAGCUUCAGGAAGAGCAAGAGCAGAAGCGGCUUCAGGCUGAGGCUGAGGAGCAGAAGCGUCCUGCAGAGGAGGAGAAGUACCAGGCAGAGAUAGAGCGGGAAACAUCAGUCAGAAUAUACCAGUACAGGAGGCCUGUUGAUUCCUAUGAUAUACCAAAGACAGAAGAAGCAUCUUCAGGUUUUCUUCCUGGUGACAGGAAUAAAUCCAGAUCUACUACUGAACUGGAUGAUUACUCCACAAAUAAAAAUGGAAGCAAUAAAUAUUUAGACAGAAUUGGGAACACAACCUCUUCACAGAGGAGUUCCAAGAAAGAACAAGUACCAUCAGGAGCAGAGUUGGAGAGGCAACAAAUCCUUCAGGAAAUGAGGAAGAGAACACCCCUUCACAAUGACAACAGCUGGAUCCGACAGCGCAGUGCCAGUGUCAACAAAGAGCCUGUUAGUCUUCCUGGGAUCAUGAGAAGAGGUGAAUCUUUAGAUAACCUGGACUCCCCCCGAUCCAAUUCUUGGAGACAGCCUCCUUGGCUCAAUCAGCCCACAGGAUUCUAUGCUUCUUCCUCCGUGCAAGACUUUAGUCGCCCACCACCUCAGCUGGUGUCCACAUCAAACCGUGCCUACAUGCGGAACCCCUCCUCCAGCAUGCCCCCGCCUUCAGCUGGCUCCGUGAAGACCUCCACCACAGGUGUGGCCACCACACAGUCCCCCACCUCGAGAAGCCAUUCCCCUUCGGCUUCACAGUCAGGCUCUCAGCUGCGUAACAGGUCAGUCAGUGGGAAGCGCAUAUGCUCCUACUGCAGUAACAUUCUGGGCAGAGGAGCCGCCAUGAUCAUCGAGUCCCUGGGUCUUUGUUAUCAUUUGCAUUGUUUUAAGUGUGUUGCCUGUGAGUGUGACCUCGGAGGCUCUUCCUCAGGAGCUGAAGUCAGAAUCAGAAACCACCAGCUGUACUGCAACGACUGCUAUCUCAGAUUCAAAUCUGGACGGCCAACCGCCAUGUGAUGUAAGCCUCCAUACGAAAGCACUGUUGCAGAUAGAAGAAGAGGUGGUUGCUGCUCGUGUAGAUCUAUAAAUAUGUGUUGUAUGUCUUUUUUGCUUUUUUUUUUUUAAAAAAAAGAAUAACUUUUUUGCCUCUUUAGAUUACAUAGAAGCAUUGUAGUCUUGGUAGAACCAGUAUUUUUGUUGUUUAUUUAUAAGGUAACUGUGUGUGGGGAAAAGUGCAGUAUUUACCUGUUGAAUUCAGCAUCUUGAGAGCACAAGGGAAAAAAUAAGAACUUAAGAAUAUUUUUGAGGCAGAUAAUGAUCUAGUUUGACUUUCUAGUUAGCGGUGUUUUGAAGAGGGUAUUUUAUUGUUUUUUAAAAAAAGGUUCUUAAACAUUAUUUGAAAUAGUUAAUAUAAAUACAUAAUUGCAUUUGCUCUGUUUAUUGUAAUGUAUUCUAAAUUAAUACAGAACCAUAUGGAAAAUUUCAUGAAAAUCUAUCCCCAAAUGUGCUUUCUGUAUCCUUCCUUCUACCUAUGUAUUCUGAUUUUUAAAAAUGCAGUUAAUGUACCAUUUAUUUGCUUGAUGAAGGGAGCUCUAUUUUCUUUACCAGAAAUGUUGCUAAGUAAUUCCCAAUAGAAAGCUGCUUAUUUUCAUUAAUGAAAAAUAACCAUGGUUUGUAUACUAGAAGUCUUCUUCAGAAACUGGUGAGCCUUUCUGUUCAAUUGCAUUUGUAAAUAAACUUGCUGAUGCAUUUAA